AUGAGUACGGCAAGGUCUGUGUUUUGCGAGCAACUUCAGACACCAAUAAUCCAUGAAUACAAAGACAAACAGAUAUUUGAGAAAGCCCGAGAUGCUGCAGCAGACAGGCUAGAAAACGGCGACGUUGGUAAUGAAAGAUUUCGGGAACUUAUCAAGCGAGAUUUACACGAAAUCGAAACAAAGCUAGAUAAUCUUUCGAAAAUAGACCUUUGCUCCAGUUUGAACUACUUGGAGGAAGGAUUUCUUCUACUUUUUAAUUGCAUUGACAAAGUAGAAAGUGAUAGAAAACGUGAAGAAACAAGUAAUAAUGAUGAGUCUCAGGCAACUUGUACUGCCAUCACCACCAGGUAUAAUCUUUCCCGUGCAAUACAACAUUCAAAGGAUUUUGAAUCGGCAAAGGAUCGAUUUAAAAAAUCCCGUGAGAAAGCAACGGAUGUUUUCAACAAUAAAAAUUUAACCUUGGAGGACAGAAUAUUUACAGUUAUUGUUAAGAUCAUGGCACAAAUUUUUGAAUGUCCGGAGAAUCAAAAGAAUCUCGUUGAUUUAUGUUUAUCUUAUAUAAAAAGGCUGCAUGAAUUGGAUGGUGUUCGUCAAAUGUUCUCUGUUUCUAUUGAUGGUGGCAUGAGAGCGAUGUUCAAAAAAUCCCAAAGAAUGGAAAACAUAAAGUCUGUCAUUCUUCUCAACCAUCAUUUAUAUCAGUUCAUUGCAAGGAUCAACAACAAUCAUGAUCAUUUAUCAACUUGGCCAAGUAUUGAACUUAGAGACGGAAAAAAUUUUAAUCCAAUACAGGAUUGGCGCAAGGAAUUCGCUGUCGAGUCUUGGUAUAAAAAUUUGAUUGAAUCUUCCCAAGAAAUGGAAAAAAUGAAAACAAUGAUGUUUGAACUUUUGGACAAAAUGACUAUAAAUGAACAUUUUGCUCCAAUAUUGACAUCACCAGUUGAAUUAGUUAUAGAUGUAUUAAGAAGUGAUAUUUUGGUUGGUGAUGGUUACAGUGUUGAAAUUUUUUCAUGGAAGAAGAAGAAAUGGUUUGAGAUUGCUGCAAUGGAAAGAGGACACAAGUUUGCUUCAUCAUUUAUUUACAAUGAUAAUUUAUUUGUUGUUGGAGGAGAUUACUGCCAGUCAAUGGAAACAUUGAAUAUAAAACAGUUACCUUUAACAUGGAAGACAUUUCCCACAGAGCUUCCUUGUGAGUGUCGUGGUCAUCAAACUGUUGUAUGUAAACAACAAAUUCUUCUCAUUGGAGGAUACAUUAAUGGCAAAGAAAAAUCAGAUCUGAUCAGUGAAAUAAAAAUUACUGGUACAACAUCUCAUGUAUUAAAAGAGUUGUGUCAUAUGCCUGAACCACGGGAAAACCAUGGAGCUGUUGUUGUUGAUGAUAAAGUUCUUAUUUUUGGAGGAUAUGGAAAAGAUAUGAAAGUUUUAUCCAGUGUUUUGGAAUUUGAUCCAACAACUCUUACAUUUAAGGAAUUGCCUCCAUUACCUCAUCCAUUGUUUGGAAUGGCAACAGUUCAAUGUAGAGAUCAAGUUGUUCUUCUUGGAGGUUAUUAUGGAAAUAGGUUGAACAGUGUUAUUAUGUAUGACAGCAAAACAGGUAAGAUUAAAGUCUUACCAUCCAUGUUGGAAAAGAGACUUGGGUGUUGUGCAGUUAUAACUGGUCAAACAAUUGUUGUCAUGGGAGGUAGGGAAAAUUUAUGGGAAGGUCUAAAAUCAGUGGAGUGUUUCCAAAUGGGAAGUAGUUCUUCAUGGACAUAUCUUCCUUCAAUGAAUGAAUCACGAAGGGGAGCCAUUGCUGAAGUUUUACCUUUUGGACAAAAAUAUGUCUAAGACAUGAAAUUUCAUUAAGUUAUGGAACGUUAUAACUCAUCAAUGUUUGUUUGGACUACAUUGGAUGAUAAGUUUGUAAAAUUUAAAAUGUAUAGUUCAAAAGUUCAUAUAAUCAUUAACUAUUUUGAUAAAUUUCUGAAAUAGGUGAAUGACUUUUGUAUCUAAAUAAGUUUGAGUUUUUAGAGGAUGAUUUAUGCCUUUUUUCUUGUCCUUGUUUCAUUGCAGUUUAUUGACCAAUAAAAUACAAGUUUUCCAUGGUAAAAA